UGAAAAGCCAGACGAAGAAAUGGUUGAUGCGGAAGUCCCCAAGGAGGAGACUGUGGAUGGCGCGGCAUGAGCCAAUUGAUUCUGCAACAUCAUUACAAUAAAAUUACAUUGCUUACAGCUUUUGAUGCAUUGGCAGCAGGCGUCGGUAUGCUUAUCGGCUCAACGCAUCAGUCGAGGUGGUCAUUUGUUUAUUAUAUAUCCUUCGCUGGCGCAUUCUCGGUGCUCAGUGCUAUAUUUAAAACUCUAUAGCUUCUGGAUUUUAGGGAAUAUCAUAGUGACUGGAGCUGGUCGCAUCGUCAGAUUACCUGUAGGGUCGUUUUACAAGUCGCUAAAAUCAAAUUUGUAUUAUAGUUAUACCAUCAAAGCAAUAUUCCAUUUUUCAGCUCAAUUAUGUUGUGACUGCACGACAUUCGGUUUUUUUUUGUAGUUGGCUGCUGAACAUUCUCGCCAAAGCGGGUAGAAUCGGUAUUUAGUCUACGUCACCCACUUCAGCUCAGCAUCAACAAUCACCAAAACAUUCUUACUGACUCUGCAUU